GCGCGCGCGCCCCCCGCAGCCGAGCGAGCAGCAGCAGCGGCAGUGGCACGCGCAUCUCGAUAGAGAGACGGUACGGCAUCUGCAGAGCUCGAGCCGCCUCUCACCGAAACCGGAAUAACCGCCAUGAGCCCCUGCCUUUUACCGGAGGGGCUGUAGAAACGGGACCGUGUUCUGCCGAAGGAGGACCGAGAACGGAACCAUGAAGCUGCUGCUGCUGCUGACGCUCCUGUGGCACGAGGCGUCCUGCGGAUCACCGAGCGUGCAGAUCGGUGGUUUAUUUCCCAGGGGUGCAGAUCAGGAGUACAGUGCGUUCAGAGUGGGCAUGGUUCAGUUUGGGAUGGCUGACUUCAGACUGACUCCACACAUCGAUAACCUGGAGGUGGCCAACAGCUUCGCCGUCACCAACUGCUUUUGUUCGCAGUUUUCUCGAGGCGUCUACGCCAUUUUUGGAUUCUACGAUAAAAAGUCAGUCAACACCAUCACGUCGUUCUGCGAAACCCUGCACGUGUCCUUCAUCACGCCGUCCUUCCCCGCAGAGGGAAUGAACCAGUUUGUUCUGCAGAUGAGGCCGGACAUCAAAGGACCGCUGGUGUCCUUAGUGGAGUACUACAAAUGGGAGAAGUUCGCAUAUCUGUACGACAGCGACAGAGGUCUGUCUACUCUUCAGGUCAUUCUGGACACUGCAGCAGAAAAGAAAUGGGUCGUCACAGCAAUAAAUGUAGGAAACCUGAAAGAUGAGAGGAAGGACGAAGCCUACCGCUCCCUGUUCCAGGACCUGGAAAUCCGAAAGGAGCGUCGCAUUAUCCUGGACUGUGAGCAGGACAAGGUCAAAGACAUCAUGGAACAGGUGAUCACCAUCGGCAGACACGUGAAAGGAUACCACUACAUUAUCGCCAACCUGGGUUUUGUCGAUGGUGACCUCUCUAAAAUCCAGUACGGAGGAGCAAAUGUGUCUGGGUUUCAGAUCGUGGAUUUUGAUGAUCCUGUGGUGGCGAAGUUUGACCAGCGUUGGGAGGCUCUGGAAGAAAAGGAGUAUCCAGGAGCGGAUACACGGAUAAGAUACACUUCAGCUCUUACUUACGACGCUGUCCAUGUGAUGACGGAGGCGUUUCGCUUCCUGCACAAGCAGAGAAUAGACAUGAGUCGCCGUGGUAACAGUGGGGAUUGUCUGGCCAAUCCGGCGGUUCCCUGGGCCCAGGGGGUGGAGAUCGAACGGGCCCUCAAACAGGUGCGUGUCGAUGGUUUAACUGGAAAUAUUCAGUUUGACCAGUACGGGAAGAGAGUCAACUACUCAGUGACCGUCAUGGAGCUGAAAAACAACGGACCCGUAAAGAUCGGAUACUGGAAUGAAGUGGAUAAGAUGGUGGUGACCAAAUCGGACCUGUACCCCAACGACACCAUGGGAAUGGAAAACAAGACCGUCAUCGUUACAACUAUACUGGAAGCCCCGUAUGUGAUGCUGAAAAAGAAUGCAGAGUUGUUUCAAGACAACGACCGUUACGAAGGCUACUGUGUUGACUUGGCUGCUGAGAUCGCAAAGCAUUGUGGGAUACGCUACCAGCUGAAGAUCGUAGGAGACGGAAAAUAUGGAGCACGAGACGCAGAAACUAAAAUCUGGAACGGGAUGGUGGGAGAACUGGUGUAUGGGAAAGCAGAUAUUGCAGUCGCUCCUUUAACCAUUACACUCGUUCGUGAAGAGGUGAUCGACUUCUCCAAACCCUUCAUGUCUUUGGGCAUUUCCAUCAUGAUUAAAAAGCCGCAGAAAUCCAAACCAGGAGUCUUUUCUUUUCUGGACCCUCUGGCCUAUGAGAUCUGGAUGUGCAUCGUCUUCGCCUACAUCGGAGUCAGCGUUGUCCUGUUUUUGGUUUCCAGAUUCAGCCCUUAUGAAUGGACUCUAGAAGAACCAGAGGAUGGAGCUUUACCGCUGACCACUGAAUCCACCAAUGAGUUUGGGAUCUUCAACUCUCUGUGGUUCUCACUGGGGGCGUUCAUGAGGCAGGGCUGUGACAUCUCACCCAGGUCUCUGUCCGGUCGGAUCGUUGGAGGUGUGUGGUGGUUUUUUACCCUGAUCAUCAUCUCAUCCUACACUGCCAACUUGGCUGCGUUCCUGACGGUCGAGAGGAUGGUUUCUCCCAUUGAGAGCGCCGAAGACCUGGCCAAACAAACGGAAAUAGCAUAUGGAACCCUGGACUCAGGAUCCACCAAGGAAUUCUUCAGACGCUCUAAAAUUGCCUUAUUUGACAAGAUGUGGCAGUACAUGAAGUCGGCAGAACCCUCUGUGUUUGUCAAGAAGACGUCGGAGGGUGUGCUGCGCGUCAGGAAGUCCAAAGGGAAGUACGCCUACCUGCUGGAGUCCACCAUGAACGAAUACAUCGAGCAGAGAAAACCCUGCGACACCAUGAAAGUGGGCGGAAACCUGGACUCCAAAGGCUACGGCAUCGCCACGCCCAAAGGAUCCCCAUUAAGAAAUGCGGUGAACCUGGCGGUGUUAAAGUUGAACGAGCAGGGACUGCUGGACAAACUGAAAAACAAGUGGUGGUAUGACAAGGGAGAAUGCGGCAGCGGAGGAGGGGAGAGCAAGAGUGCCAGUAAACCUUGCCGUAUUGAAACUGAAUGAGCAAGGAACCCUAGACAAGAUGAAAAACAAGUGGUGGUACGAUAAAGGAGAGUGUGGCUUCAAGGACUCCA